AUGGCUUCGCGAUUUGUUGACGCCGGUUCUGUUGACGACUUUAUUUUGGAACAGGAGAACAAGAGCAAGGCGCAAAAAACACUGCGUGAUGUUAAAUUAUUACAACUAUUUUUGGUGAACAAGAACGAAGAAAGAAACAUUGAAGAUAUCCCGAUAGGAGAACUAAACGAAUACAUGUCUGACUUUAUAAUUUCGGUCAGAACCAAAAACGGAAAAGAAUACGAGCCAUCUUCUCUUCGGAGUUUACUGGCAAGUUUCGAGCGGCAUCUUAAGAGGAAAAACUACCCUGCUAGUAUUAUCAAUGACUUGGCAUUCGAAAAGACAAGAAAAACUCUCGAGUCCAAUUAA